CGCAUGCGUCAGCGAGGGGCCGGGCCUGCCAUCAUCCCGGCCGGGAUCAGGCGACAAUGGCCUGAAGAGGGGGGGCGUAGCGCCGGAAGUUCCGGCGCAGUUUCUCUUUCCGGUUCCUAGCCGUGACUUGUGCAGUUGCUACGUGUCCUUAGCGCGAGCGGUUCGUUCGGUCCCGGAGCCUCAGGCAGUCAUGGAUCAAGUAAUGCAGUUUGUUGAACCCAGCCGUCAAUUUGUAAAAGAUUCCAUCAGGCUUGUUAAAAGAUGCACUAAGCCAGACAGAAAAGAAUUCCAGAAGAUUGCCAUGGCAACAGCAAUAGGUUUUGCGAUAAUGGGAUUUAUUGGUUUCUUUGUGAAAUUGAUCCAUAUCCCUAUCAACAACAUCAUUGUUGGUGGCUGAACACUCAUCAAGAAGAUCUGUUACCUGAAGUUUGGAGUGAUGGACAAUGGGUGUGGGGUGGGGGUUUGUUUACUAAUAUUCCAUAAAUCUGUAUCUUGUUUACUUACUGCUAUAAACCAGGUUAAGAUUUAAAACAAGCUUGACAUCUCAGUUAGUCUCAUUUUGUUUUACUGACUCUUUGAAAACUGUAGGUUCAGUAAAUAAAUAACUUACCACUG